AAAAUGGGAGUUCAGUCUGAAAUUGAAGAUGAAGGAUUCCAAAACAUGAUUUUGAGAAAAGGGUGUCAAGAAUUAGGAUAUCCAGUGGAAACAAUCCCUACAAACGCGCCCUCGGAUCAUUAUUGUGGAUGGUGCAGCAUGGGUUGCAAAGAUGGGAAGAAAAAAGGAACAGCUGAGACAUGGCUAGUCGAUUUGGUGAAAUCGGGAAAUGGUGCAAUACUUCCUGAAUGUGAAGCAUUGGAAGUGAUCCAUGAAGAAAAGAAUGACAAUUCAGGAAAAAGAAAAGCUAUUGGAGUUGCUUUUGCAUUUCAAAAUAUUGAAGGGAUGAGAGAAAUUUGUAUGGUGAAAUCAAAAGUCACAAUAGUAGCUUGUGGUGCUCUUAGCACUCCUUCAUUGCUCAAGAGGAGUGGCUUAAAGAAUCCAAAUAUUGGCAGAAACUUACACCUACAUCCAGUCGUCAUCGCUUGGGGAUACUUUCCAGAUUCACCAUCAACAUCUAAUGAAAUAUGGCCAAAAGCAGAGAAGAAAAGUUAUGAAGGAGGGAUAAUGACAGCCAUGUCUAAAGUCGUGGCGAAUUUUGAAGGAUCAGGAUAUGGUGCAGUCAUACAGACACCAGGAUUGCACCCUGGAAUGUUUUCAGCACUAAUGCCAUGGGUUUCAGGACUAGAUUUCAAGAUGAGGAUGAGCAAAUAUUCAAGAACAGCGUAUAUCUUCGCGUUGGCAAGGGACAAGGGAUCAGGGGAAGCACUUUCACCAUAUUCAAUAUCUUACAAGUUGGAUCAAACUGACGAAGAAAAUCUAAAAGCAGGCCUAGAGAAGACACUAAGAAUCUUGGCAGCUGCUGGUGCAGAAGAGAUUGGAACUCAACAAGAAAAAGGGAGGAGUUUGAAGGUGAACGAAGCAAGUUUGAAGGAGUUUGAGAGGUUUGUGAAAGAAGAAAGUUCAAUAGAAAUUGGAAAACAUUCAGUUCCUAUAUGUUCAGCACAUCAAAUGGGAAGUUGUAGAAUGGGAGUUGAUCCAAAAACUUCAGUGGUUAAUUCUAAAGGAGAAACAUGGGAAGUAGAAGGUUUAUUUCUUGGUGAUUCAAGUGUGUGUCCAACAGCAAUUGGAGUGAAUCCAAUGGUCACAAUUCAGGCCAUUUCUUAUUGCACUGCACAAUCUGUGCUC